AGGCAUUUUCGUUGCUUCGUGCAGUUGGUCACUCUUACAAAUUUGUUUAGUCGCAAGCGUCUACCGGGAUUAGUGUAUGCCUAAUUGUAUGAGAUCAUGACACUUGACUCGAACAAAGAAAGACACAAUUUGUUUAAUAGCCUCUCUAUUUUAUUGAAAGCCGUUGAAAAUGAACGGACAAUUGUGGAUCUUCGGAACGAAGCGUCAGUAUGUGGGAUCGUGGAGCACGCAGACGCUUACAUGAAUAUUGUAAUGAGAGAUUGCGUCUUUACUGAUCCCAGAGGUGAUUCAUAUAAUUAUGACAUGUUUUUCGUUCAAGCACGAAACAUACGCUUCGUUCAUAUUCCACCGAAAGUGGCGCUGAACCACCAAUCGUUGUGCCGUGGUGAUGCUCGUUUGUUUUUACCCAGCGUGCAUUGUGAACAGUGACUGGUGCUAAGAUGGCCGACAACAUGGAGGAGAUUUCAGAGCUCGUCGAAAAGCGAGAAGAUCGAGCAGCGACGCGGAAGAGUUUUUGCUCGUCCAGCUUUUUAACGAGCUACAGCUGUACGAUGCACGACCGAGCGAGAAGAGAGGUUUUUGCAACUCGCAGAUACAUUUUUGCGCAAGAGAUGGGCGCCCGUAAAAAAGAUGGUAACUAAUCCGAACGGUACAAGGCGCUACUUUUGGCGAAGCUGAACUACGGAUUGCCGUCACGUCCCGACGUCCCUUUUCUGGCCGAUCGCGUAUCGAGCAUUACAAUGCCGUAAUAUCGUACGCGGUACCGUGGACUAACGGAUCCAUAUGCCUGGCGGAUUCGACGAUGAUUCAAUCCUCCGCUUCGCGACUUUUCUAUGCAGCUGCCUGGCUGCUUCGAUUCGCGCCUUAUGCAAUCAUCGUAAUUGUGUUAUAUGCUUUGCGAUUUGCCAAUCAGCGAAAACGACGAUUACGAGGAAGCUCUUACCUGGUAUUUGGUGAUGGUGGAAAUAUUCUUUGUUUGAAGAAAAGACGGUAGACUAGAGCUAAAUAGCGAACUGUACACUUCAGGGAUGUAGUUUAUAUGGUGUUGUAUGGUGUUUUGAAUACAUCAAUUUGUACAUGAAAGUUGGACAAAAGAUACUCUUGUUUUAUUUGUGAGAUAAGCUAGGUAGACUGCUAUAUAGCUUAUGUCAUUCAAACCACUGUACACUUUACACGUAUGCUUCAUAUGUUACUGUAUAGUAUAUUAAAUACAUCAAAUUGUAGAGAGGAGUUGGAUCAAAGAUAUUUUCGUUUUAUUUGUCAGAUAAGCUAGGCAGACUGCUAAAUAGCUUAUGUCAUUCAAACCACUGCAUAUGUGUACUUCAUAUGUGAUUGUAUAGUAUAUUAAAUACAUGAAAUUGUAGAGAAGAGUUGGACCAAAGAUACUCUUUUAUUCGUCACAUAAGCGAGGUGUCUACCGAUCUACCAUAAGAUCUAGCAGUCUUGCUAAAUAGCUUAUGUCAUUCAAACCAGUACACACUACAUAUGUGUACUUUAUAUGUUAUUGUAUAGUAUAUUAAAUACAUCAAAUUGUAGAGGAGAGUUGGACCAAAGAUACUCUUUUAUUUGUCACAUAAGCUAGAUGUCUACCGAUCUACCAUAAGAUCUAGCAGUCUUGCUAAAUAGCUUAUGUCAUUCAAACCAGUACACACUACAUAUGUGUAUUUCAUAUGUUUUUGUACAGUACAUUAAGUAAACUAUACAGAAGAAUU